AUUGCUUUUGUUAUGGCUGGGGCUAGUAUUUCGAAAUACAGUCGUUUAGGGUGAAGGAGGAGAAAAAAAACUGCAAAUUCUCAAAAAUUUCAAUUUGCAUUAAUAGUUGAAGUGUGUUUGGAUUUUUUGUCGGUUUAGGGAUAUAUAAUACUUAUGACUAAAGAAAGCGCAACUAUGGGGGAGCAACCCAUAUUCACAACCAAAGCCCAUGUCUUCCACAUUGACCCUAAAACCAAGCGGUCUUGGAUCCCUGCUAGCAGCCAGGCCGUCAGUGUUAGCUUUUUUUACGACUCUACAAGAAACCUAUAUCGAAUCAUCAGUGUAGAGGGAACCAAGGCAGUGAUAAAUAGCACAAUCACUCCAAAUAUGACCUUCACUAAAACAUCACAAAAAUUUGGUCAGUGGUCAGAUAUCAGGGCUAACACUGUCUAUGGACUUGGGUUUGGAUCAGAGCCAGAGUUAAAUAAGUUUAUAGAGAAAUUUCAAGAGUUCAAGGAAGCCACUCAUCAGACAGCUCAUCAGAAACCACAACAGCCUCAAGCAAAUGGCAGCACAAGCACUUCCACAGUAGGAAACUCCUCUCCAGCUGUUGGACGAAACCAACAGAAACCAGCACCAACUGAGACUAGUACAACAGAGGAGCUUACAAUUAGCAAUCAGGUUGACCAAAUAAAUCUCUCCUCUUCUUUCCCUGCUGCAACUCAUAAUGAUAUCAAUGCUCUCAAGUCUCCUCUUGUUGCUCACCAAAGAAGUCAAAGUCUCUCUGGCCUGCAGGCCUCCAAGACAGCAGAGAGCCCUAAACAUCAACCAAAGGAUAGGUCACUUACAGCAAGCCUUCCUCAUUCAACAGUUGAAACUCAACUACGAUAUGAAAAUGAUAGACUGAGAUUAGCUCUUGCUCAGAGCUCAGCCAAUGCCAAAAAAUGGGAAGUAGAAUUACAGACUCUGAAAACCAACAAUGCACGUUUAACAAAUGCAUUGCAAGAAAGUACAGCUAAUGUUGAAGAGUGGAAGAAGCAGCUUCACAGUCUUAAAGAAGAAAAUAUGAAGAUGAAGGCCAAGAUAGGAGAAUUAGAAGGAACAAUGGGAGAUACCGAAGGAAUGGCAGAUCUUUCAAAAGAAAUAACUAAUGCACAGUUUACGAAUGAAACACUAGAAAAUGAAGUGAAGAAAAAGGAAAAGGAGAUUGAACUUUUGAAAAAGAAAUUAGAAGAACAAUCUGUAAAUCAAAUGGUAGAAGAAAAGCUAAAGAGCCUCAUCUCAGAAAAUGAAAGUCUCAAAACAAGCAUCUUUAGACUUCAAGAACAGCUGGAUUCAGCCAAAACAGACAAUAAAACAAAAAAGGUGGCUUUGGAACAACUCAACCAGAGGCUUAUUCUAAAAGUACAAGAGUUUAGAGAUAUCGAGCAAGAGCUGGCAGCUAUCAUUAAUUCUUGAUACAGUUCGGAUGAUCAAUUGACUAUGCUGGCAAUCAUCAUUCACUUGGAAGCAACUUUGUAUGACAGGAGAAAUCUUGUCCAUGACAUCAAGAAGGCAGCACCAGCCUCUACUGUACAUGUGUUGAAACUGUAUAGCAGUUUCAUGUCAAUUUCCUAUCCAGUUAAAUGUUCACUGAAUUGCCCUAGAAACAACGAUUUAAAACUAUUAAGACGUUGGUUUGUUUAUUGGCUAGUUAUUAGUUAUAAGUGUAAGUGCAAUAAAAAAAAGCAUUAAUUAAAGAAAUUCAUGAAAAUGGUUAAAUUUUAAAAUAGUGUUAUUAUUAUGAAAUUGUUUAACAUAGUUGUCAAUGUAAUUUCUCAGGUGCUUUAGUGAAGAAAAAUGUACUAAUGUGCAUUAUAUUUGUGGUUAUAAUAUACGGCUGCUAAAUGUCUUGUUUCCCACCCACUUACGAAGUAUUUACUGGAAUAUUAGAUACAUUAUGUGUAGAAGCAGAUUGGAGUUUUACAUUGAAUAAUAAACAAAACUAGAUUUAGAAAAAUGUGUUUCAUUUUUAGACUAACAGUUGUAUGUCCAAUUGUUGAAGACUUGUAAAUAAAGGCAACUAAUGUUAAUAAAUCUAUAGAAAUAUA